AUGUCUCUAGAUUUGAGAGAAAGAGUUCAAAGAGAGAUUUGAAAGAGAGCUCGGGAUGGAGAAGGUCGGCGCAGUUCGGUGCCAGAGGAUCGGAUGCGAUGCCUUCUUCACCGAGGAGGAUAACGCCGAUGGCUCAUGCCGCUACCACGACUCUGGGCCUAUUUUUCAUGACGGUAUGAAAGAAUGGAGCUGUUGCAAGCAGAGGAGCCACGACUUCAGCUUAUUUUUAGCUAUUCCAGGAUGCAAGACAGGCAAGCAUACUACUGAAAAACCAGUACUUAACAGACAAUCUCCAAGCCCUCCAAAGCCAAUUGCACCAGUUUCUCUGACAAAAAAGAAUAAUGAUACUUGUUCAAGAUGUCGCCAAGGUUUCUUUUGCUCAGAUCAUGGAUCACAAACAAAACCUUCAAAACCGUUAUUGCUUCCCAAUUCCAAAGAUGAUAGUGAGAAGGAUAAACCUGCUCCAGUUAAGAAGAAGAUCGAUCUGAAUGAAAUCCAGACCUGCCGAAACAAAGGAUGUGGAAAGACCUUCAAAGAGAAGGAUAACCACGAAACUGCAUGUGAGUACCAUCCAGGGCCACCUGUAUUUCAUGACAGAAUCAGAGGGUGGAAGUGCUGUGAUAUGCAUGUGAAGGAGUUUGAUGAGUUCAUGAACAUACCUCCAUGCACAAAAGGAUGGCAUAAUGCUGAUCCAUCCUGAUGCAGAGCGACCUAGAUUUCCAAAGCUCAUUUUGGAACUGUAACAUGAACCUCAACCUUCUCUUUGAUGAAUUCCAGUUUGUCAUGUUGUGUAUGCUUAAUCACAUUUAAUUAUAUUUGCAAUUGAACAAAUUGUAGUUGUUUUGGACUAUCAUUAAGUGUGAUUUCCAAUGUAAUCCUAAUUUUCAAGUAA